AUGGGAGCAGUGCAGGAAAUGCGCCUUUUAGUGGCUCAGAUAGUGCAGAAUGCAGGAGAGGGCCAUCCAGGGAGUGCAAUUGGAAUGGCACCUUUAUUUCACGUAUUGUACAGCAGGGUUUUAAAAAUAACAAAAUGUGAUCUUAAAUGGUCAGAACGAGAUAUUUUAGUGCUUUCUAAUGGGCAUUCAGUUGCUAUUCUGUAUGCUGCUUUAUUCUGCCGAGGGGUUUUGACAGAAAAAGAUUUAAAAGAAUACAGGCAGAUUGGGAGUAAAACGCCUGGCCAUCCAGAGUACUCACGAGAUAAUGCAAUAGAUGCAACUACUGGUCCACUUGGGCAGGGAGUAGCACAGGCCGUAGGAUAUGCGAUCUCGAUAAGUAAAAAACAGAAAAACAAUCGAGUAUUUUGCAUUCUAGGAGAUGGGUGCAUGCAGGAAGGAAUUUCGCAAGAAGCAUUUUCGCUUGCGGGGCAUUUGCAGCUGAAGAAUCUUUUUUUUGUUUUUGAUAGCAAUAAAAUCACGAUUGAUGGGGCAACUUCUUAUUCCACAUCUGAUGAUGCUAAAAAGCGGAUGGAAUCCAUGAAUUAUGAAGUGCUUGAGGUGGAUGCAGAGGAUACAGAAGGAAUAGAAGAAAUUCUCGGUAAACAAUACGGCAGGCCAGUGUUCUUAAUUAUGCACUCUGUGAUAGGGAAGGACACAUCUGUAGAAAACAACAGAAAAGCCCAUGGAUCUCCGUUAGGAGAAGCAGAGGUAGCAAAACUCCAGGAAAAGUACAAUUUAUGCGGAAAGUCAUUUUACAUCUCAGAAAGCACAAAAGAAAUCUACAGAAAACGAGAAGAAGAAGUGGCACAGGAAUACAUGCAGUGGAAGGAGAGACAAAUAGAUGAUUUGAAAAAUGCCAAUGCUGGCAGAACCUGCAAUGGUGUGGAAGAAGUCAAUAUGGAAGAUGAGAACAAGAAAACAAAUAAUAAAUACGAGAAAGAGUUUGUGCAAAUGUUAGAAAGCCAGAAUUAUGUUGAGAAGAAGAAACCAAAUAAAUCAACACGAGAAAUAUUUGGUGAUCUUGUUCCUGGCCUUCUAAAGAACCCAAACAUCCUUGGGGGAUCUGCAGAUCUAACAGAAUCCACUUGUCUAGGUGCAGCACUGACUAAAAAGCCUGAAAUCAUUGAAGGUGAUCAUAGUUGCCAAAUAGAUCCGAAAACAGAAAAAAACACUGAAGAGAAUCAGAAUUUCAUACACUUUGGUAUUAGAGAGCACGCAAUGUGUGGGAUUGUAUGCGGAAUUGCUUUGUUUGGUGAGCACAGGGCGUACUGCAGCACGUUCCUUAAUUUUCUAGCCUAUGGAUUUCCUGCUGUCCGCAUAGCUGCACUUUCUGAGGCACCUUCUGUGUAUAUUGCAACGCACGACUCAAUAGCUCUAGGCGGCGACGGCCCAACUCACCAGCCAGUGGAAAUGCUUGCUCUUCUUCGGGCAACACCUGGAUUGAUUACAUUUCGCCCAGCAUCUAGAUCAGAGGUAGAGGCAGCAGUUCUGUAUGCCUUUUAUCAAUCAGAGCGCCCAUGUGUCAUCAUUCUAUCCAGGCAAGGCAUUGAAGAAAUCCCAGAAAAAGGCAUUAGAAAGAAUAGCAAAGCACAAAAUACAGGAACCGAUAAUAAAUUAAAGACGGAUGUACAGGAAACAGAAGGCAUAGCAGAAAAUCAAAGUAUUUAUGAUAAUUCUGCACCAUUGAAGAAUACUUCUUAUAUUUCUAGAAUUACUUCAAUACUCCGAGGGGCGCACAUCAUUUCAGACUACUCCCCAGAUAAUUCAGCACAGAAGUUGCUUCUUCUAGCAACGGGCUCAGAAGUACCUCUGGCCCUGCGUGUAAAGCCCCUUCUGAAUAAUUACAAUGUAAGGGUAGUUUCUCUUCUCUCUUUUGAACUCUUUCAAGAACAGCCACAAGAAUAUGUAGAGGAUAUUUUAUUCUGUGAUAUAUCUGUGAGUAUAGAAGCCCUAAGUACAUUUGGCUGGGAUAAAUAUGCUCAAGUUCAAAUAGGAGUAGAUACAUUUGGAGCAAGUGGCCCAACAAGCGCAGUAUAUGAAUACUUUGGGUUUACACCAGAAAAAAUAACCGACAAAAUACACAAUGAAAUUAAGAAGAAACAACAAAAAGAAGACAGACAAAGAGAAAUAAGAUGGCUUCAAAGCAAAUAAUCUCAAUUGUCUCCAUAUCCAUCACGAAUUAAUCAGAGAAUGCGUAUUUAAAGAUUAUUUCUACUAAUUUAAUGAAUAAAUCAGUAACCCAU